GCGCGCUGGCGAUACCUGUAGGCAUGGACCCCUUCACCGAGAAACUUCUAGAGCGAACCCGUGCUAGGAGAGAGAAUUUACAGAAGAAGAUGGCUGGGCGGCCCACAGCAGCAAUGCAACCUUCUACACAAACAAAAAGGAGUAGAGAACCUUUGUCAGAAGCUGGUAACCAGCCACUUCAGCCUAGUGAAGAAGCAAAACCAAGUACAAAGCCAUCACCAUCCAAAAGACGUUGUUCAGACGGUGUGGAGGUUCCAGUUUCCAAUUCAGAGAAUAUGUACUCAAUUAAUUCACCUUCCAUAAACCAUGAAACAAAUCCUACCACUGAGCUUGUUGCCCUGUCCACUGAAGGUGAAAAGCAGAAUCCUAAAUCUGAGCCAUCUUCAGUUGCUUCAGUUAAAACACGUAUGCAAAAGCUGGCUGAACAGCGUCGCUGCUGGGAUAGUGGUUUGUCUGAAAAUUCUUGCACAUCUCCUGUCCAAUCAAAAGAAUGUGUCAUUUCCCCGCCCAAACUACUACCCCUUUCAGCUGACACCCCAAUAGGGCGAAGAGGCCGUCUAGCUAACCUUGCUGCUACAAUUGGCUCCUGGGAAAAUGACCUAAGUCAUCCAUCUGCAAAACAAAACAAUACACAAGAACAGCCUGGCACUACUUGUUUAUCCAAAUUGUCCACUACAAGUGGAGCAUCUGCUAGAAUCAAUAGUGGCAGUGUGAAGCAGGAUGCUGCAUCCUGUUCUCAAAGGGCUGUUGAGUCAUCUGUGAAUAAGUCAGCAAUCUCUGGGAUAUUGGGAGCUAAUAAUUCCAUAACAAAAAACUCAGGAAAAACUAGUGAUCAUUCUAAAGAAAUUGAGGUACCAAAACUACUGCCACAAGAAAAGACUAGUCUUAAACCAUUACUGAAACCAACAGCAUCCCAACAGCUUCCUGCCAAAGACGACCGAAUCAAAGGAACACAUGUACAAGUUGACUACAAGGAUAAGACAACCACACCAGGAGGAUCAGGCAUUAAGCCUUUUCUGGAGCGUUUUGGAGAACGUUGCCAGGAGCAUACUACACAAAGUCCUAUUAUCCCUGGAGGACAUAGAACUCCCAUUAUCACUCCAAAUACAAAGACAAUCCAAGAAAGACUCUUCAGACAGAAUGAAGUUUCUUCAACAGCCAGCCUAGCACAGCAGCUCAAACAGGAACGUGAAAGAGAACUUGCGUGCAUUAGAGGUCGCUUUGACAGGGGAAACUUGUGGAGUGCUGAAAGGGGAGAGAACUCAAAGAAAAAACAUCCAGACACAAAAUCGGAGAGUCAUAUUCAAGUAGACUCAAAGCACCUGCCCAUUUCAGAUGCCAGCUCCCAGUUAGCAGAAGAAAAAGUCACAACUCCUGAGAUAGUAGCAGAAAGUGUAUCUUCAGGUACUUCAGAAUAUGAAAAUACAGAAGAACUUAGCCCUCUGAAAAUCUUCUCACCCAGUAUUCCUGUAAAAGCAGUGUCUAACUCAAAGCUUGAGCAACUUCCUAACAAACAGGACGGUGAAGAACACGAAACUGAGGUGAAUGACAAGAUGAACAGUUCAAAGGUGAUAAGUGACAUGUUUGACGAAGUUCUUCAAGAGGAUGGGCCUGAUAUAGAGAAACUUAAAAAAGAGAUGAGUAUGACCUUAGAAGAUGACAGUGAGGAAGAACAGGAAGAGUCACUGAAUAUUUCCUCGAUGUCUCUCCUAACACCUUUAACAGAGUCUGUUGCUGUUGUAAGUCCAGAGGUUUUUGCUUCCCCUAGUAAAUCAGUAGGUGAGGGAAGCAAUGCAAGUGAUGACAGUCCAAAGUCCAGCAAGUUUCAGAGAAUGUCUGUCUGCAGAACUGAAUCUGGAAGCAGCUUUGGAUCCUUGUCAGAGGAGCGUAACCUGUAUAGUAUUGAUGCUUAUCGGUCACAGCGAUUUAAAGAAACUGAUCGUCCUUCAAUAAAGCAAGUGAUAGUUCGUAAAGAAGACGUUUCUUCCAGGCUUGAAGAAAAAAGGAAUGGAACUUCUGAUCAAAUUAACAUUAAACGCAAAUUACAGGAGCUGAAUAAUGAAAUCAAUUUGCAACAAACUGUCAUACAUCAAGCCAGUCAGGCUCUGAAUUGCUGCAUUGAUGAGGAACAUGGGAAAGGAUCACAAGAAGAAGCAGAAGCUGAAAGACUGCUUCUCAUUGCAACUGAAAAAAGAACAGCAUUAUUGGAAGAGCUAAACAAACUAAAAAAUGAAGGACCUCACAGCAAGAAGAUUAAAGCUGAUGCUAUGCCUAGUGGAGUUUCUCCUUCCAGGGGAUCUGUUACUUUGUCAGGAAUGCGUCUACCUCUAAAAGCAGACUUUGUAUGCAGUACAGCUCAGAAAUCAGAAACAGCAAACUACUACUAUGUAAUCAUAUUAAAAGCAGGAACAGAAAACAUGGUUGCAACGCCAUUAGCAAGUACUGCAAAUUCCCUGAAUGGAGACGCUCUUACUUUUACAACAACAUUUACACUGCAAGAUGUGUCCAGUGACUUUGAGAUAAAUAUUGAAGUUUAUAGCUUGGUACAGAAAAAGGAAUCCGUAGGCUCUGAUAAAAGGAAAAAAACAGCUAAGUCAAAGGCUAUUACUCCAAAGAGAUUACUGACAUCCAUUACUACUAAGACUAAUCUUCUUGCGCCAGCCAUGGCAAGUCCAGGUGGACCCAAUGCUGUACGCACAAGUAACUUUGUUCUUGUUGGAUCACACACAAUUUCACUGUCUUCAGUAGGGAAUACCAAAUUCUUAUUGGACAAGAUAAAUUAUGGAGUUAAGGAAAGAGAGCUACUGGGUUGUUUGUUCCAAGAUAAGGUUCCUUUUUUAUCCUCUCUGGAAGGCCAUAUAUAUCUGAAGAUUAAAUGUCAAAUAGAUUCUUGUGUGGAGGAGAGAGGUUUUUUGACUAUGUUUGAAGAUGUUAGUGGGUUUGGGGCUUGGCAUCGGCGUUGGUGUGCUCUUUCUGGCAACUGUAUUUCUUACUGGACUUACCCGGAUGAUGAAAAGAGAAAGCAUCCAAUGGGCUCAAUUAACCUGGCAAACUGCACUAAUCGUCAGAUUGAACCAGCUAACAGAGAGUUCUGUGCUCGGCCAAACACUUUUGAGCUAAUUACUGUUCGGCCCCAGAGAGAGGAUGACAAGGAAACAUUAGUUAGUCAAUGCAAAGACACACUCUGUGUUACCAAGAACUGGUUAUCUGCUGAUACUAAAGACGAGCGUAAUCUGUGGAUGCAAAAACUAAAUCAAGUUCUUGUUGACCUUCGCAUGUGGCAGCCUGAUGCGUGCUAUGUCCCCAUUGGAAAGCCUUGAAUCAUGAGGAAGCUUUCUCAUUAGAGCUUGCUUGCAAAGCCAAAUACGAACUACGUUGCUCUUUUAAUUUAGACUCUUAUAUAAGGUCCUUUGGGAUUAUUCAUUACACUUCAUGCUUUAAAAACUGGAGGGGGGUAUGUUGUUUUGGACUCUUGCUACCUUUAGAGUUCUAACUCUUCUAGCAUUGGAGUAUGAUAGGUAAGCUGUCUUUAAGCUCUUUCACUGUGCUAAAUAUUUUAUAUACAAUACUUCUCAAAAAAUUGUACUUCAGUUCACUAUUAAAAGUACCAGUUUCUAUUAAUUUAUAUAUCAGAGAUUGGUUUAUUUCAAGAACUGAAGAAAUUCAGCACAGCGGGGUGGUUUGGUGCAGAGAUGAAGCAGGAACUUCAAUGUUUUUAUCUGUAAAGGUGUUUUUAGAAACCUAAUUAUUGGUUUAAAUAAAAGCACUGUCUGGUAUUUAAUGUCCAACAUAAUUGGCACUUGCAAAAAGUGUCUGUCUAGGUUAGAAGGACAUAGAAUAGUCAUAGAUCCUGUUAGGCAAAAUAAGGUUUAAAACAAACAAACUGGUGCAUGAUUUGCACAUAAUAUGGUUUACAGGUAUGAUCAAUUAUGCAGUAUGUUGCACAUGUUCCUAGACAACAAGCAUCUAGAGUGUUUUUUUGAAUAUUUUUUUUAAAGUAUCUUCCUCUUCCCCUAGCCAUGUUCAUCUUCUAUUUCAUAGUUUGAGUUUGUUACUGAUCUUUGAGCAUUACAAUGUAAUUUUCCCUCAGACUCUAGAGCUGCUAUAUGCAAAGUAAUACUUCUAAAGGUCCAUAGAGUUUAUAACUGAAUCUCUUAACACAGUUAACUUCAGCUGAUUUGUACAAUGCCAAUUCUACUCAGUUAAGCAGUGGAUAUACAGCUUCACAAAUGCUUUCCACAGGGUACUACAUUGUUUCUGCCAGCUAUAUCUUUAAAUAUCAGUAGUGGGGCACUUGUAUGCUGUUGUGUCUUUAAAUACUUAGAAACACUAACAUUUUGUUUCCUUUUCAUUAUCUUUUGUAUUUCCACUUUCAACAUUGGCUUUUUUCAGAUAUUUUAAAACUAUAAACAAGAUUUUCUCAACAUAAAUAAAAUGCUUGAAAUAUAUCAAAGCAAUUGUCUGCUAAUAAUUAUAGUCUUAUAAAACUGAAAAAGUGAGCUUAGAUCUAGAGCUUGGGAUUUAGAGUCUAGAGUUUAACAGUCCUUGUUAGGAUGAUGACACUCAUAUAUGACCACUGCAUUCUCUGUAUUUUGGCUGCAGCGAUGCAAUUCUAUACCAAUAUAAGAUUAGUGUUGUGAUGUAAUUCACUUAGAGCCACCCGCUGGGCUGAUAAAUAUGAGUGCAUGAGAAAGUAGAGUGAGUAAAUGGUUCAGCAAAUUAAUAAACUUAGUGAAAUGAGUACAAAUGUAAAUUGUGUCACAAAGGAAAGGGUGUUUGACAACUGAGACCUUCUCUGGAGCAAGCCCCAACCUCAGCACAUAUGACAGCCUUGGCCUAAGAUGGUUCCUUCCUUUCUAGAGCAGCCAAUACUAUUCCAUCA